AUGAAUGUCAAUGAAGCUUCUAUCUUCAAUGAAAAGAUCCUUGAUCCGGAUUUAAUAGAUCUUGAUUUUACUGGUUGUCCUUUUACUUGGUCGAACAAAAGAAAGGGUCAUGCUCUUACUGAACAAAGACUGGAUAGAGGACCAGCAAAUGAUGAUUGGCUACUUAUCUACCCUAACACCACCAUCACUAGUAUGUUAGCCAUAGGGUCUGACCAUCACCUCGUUUUACUAAACUCCAAUCCUCACUGGAAAAAUGGUAAGAUACCUUUCAAGUUUUUUGGUCCCUGGUUAGAUCAUGAUGAAUGCAGGAAAAUUAUAGUCGAUUGCUGGGAAAACGCAAUUCCUGGAUCAAGUGCAUUCUCUGUUGCUAGAAAACUUAAGGACAUAAAGCUGCAAAUCAGAGUCUGGAACAAGGAUGUCUAUGGCAACAUCAAAACCAAUAUUGAUGAAAGCAAGCAAUACUUAAAUUGGCUUCGUAUACACUACUUCAAAGAAGAUAGAGGUCAGGUUCUAGCUGAUGCAAGAAAACAACUCAAAAACUGGCUAGACAUAGAAGAAAAGUUCUGGAAAACCAAGAGCAGAGAUCAACUUAUCAAGUUGGGAGAUCAGAACAUAAGCUAA